AAAGCUACGCAAAACAUGGUUUCGGAAUCGUUGAUGUUUCUUGCACUUUUUUUUGUUGCUUAUUUUCAUUUUCAUUUCUGUUACGCAGAGAAAGCUCCUUAUUACCGCUUUCUCCAAGAGUCAACCUCGGCUCCACAGGUAUCAUUUUAUGACUACAUAAUCAUUGGUGGAGGAACCUCUGGUUGUCCCUUGGCUGCAACCCUCUCCGCAAGCGCAAAUGUUUUAGUCCUGGAAAGGGGAGGAUCUCCCUAUGUCAACCCUCGCAAGUCGGACAAAGAGAACUUCUUCCCAAAUCUUUUAGACCGCUCUCCUGGAUCAUAUUCCCAAGCAUUCAUCUCGGAGGAUGGAGUCUACAACAGCCGAGCACGCGUUCUUGGUGGCGGAUCAGUCAUUAAUGCAGGGUUUUACUCACAUGCUGAAGCUGAUUUCUUGAAGCAAGCUGGCUUGAAUGAAGUUUUAGUUAAUCAUUCCUACCAGUGGGUUGAAAAGAAGGUCGCUUUUAAGCCACCUGUGUUGCAGUGGCAAUCUGCUCUUAGAAAUGGGUUGCUUGAAGCUGGAGUUUUGCCGGAUAAUGGAUUCACCUAUGAUCAUGUUCAUGGGACCAAAGUUGGUGGAACUAUUUUUGAUACGGAUGGUCAUAGACAUACAGCAGCUGAUUUGCUUGAGUAUGCUAAUCCAUUGAAUAUUACGGUUUACUUGUAUGCUACAGUACAAAAGAUCAUAUUUUCGACAAAAGUUUUUUCAAGGCCAAGAGCUGAGGGGGUGAUUUUUGAAGAUGCAAUGGGAGUAAGACAUUGGGCAUUCUUGACAAAAGACUCCAAAAGCGAGGUGAUCUUAGCCGCAGGUGCCCUUGGAAGCCCACAAUUACUAAUGUUAAGUGGUGUUGGGCCUGCUCAUAAACUUGAAGCAUUGGGCAUCAAAGUGGUGAUGGACCAGCCCAUGGUUGGCCUAGGGAUGGUCGAUAAUCCAUUGAACGUUCUGUUAAUUCCGUCUCCUUUGCCUGUCGAGCUGUCACUCGUUGCCAUUGUGGGCAUCACCCGAUUUGAUAUCUAUAUAGAAGCCUGCAGCGGUGUGAGUUUUGCUCCCACGUGGACUCGAAGGGUUGCUACAGAGUUGGCGUCCAUCUUAAAUCAGACUGAGGAGAGCUCUAUGAGUAUAUUUCAGGAAGCAAUAGCUAACUCUCGCUCCUUCCUUAACACAAGAAUAAAAGGUGGCAUUGUUUUUGAGAAAGUGAAAAACCCAAUGUCGAGAGGCCAUCUUGAGCUUCGAAGUACGAAUCCUCAUGACAACCCCAAGGUCACCUUUAACUACUUCCAGGCACCAGAGGACUUGAGGAAGUGUGUGCAAGGCAUGAAAACUGUAAUAAAUGCUAUAAAUUCCGAAGCAUUCUCAAAUUUCCGUUAUAAAAUUUUAUCAACAGAGGCUCUGCUAAACCUGAUAGUAAGGCUGCCCCUUAACCUGAGACCAAAACAUCUUACUUCAGCAUUUUCCUUGGAACAAUUCUGCUUCGACACAGUCAUGACCAUUUGGCAUUACCAUGGAGGCUGCCUAGUUGGCAGUGUUGUCGAUAAGGAUUACAAGGUUCAUGGUGUGGAUGCCCUAAUUAUAGAUGGGUCUACAUUUACUCGCUCGCCUGGGACUAAUCCUCAAGCUACUGUUAUGAUGCUUGGAAGAUAUAUGGGACUGAGGAUUAUGCAAGAGAGAUAUUUCUUGAAGAAGUAGAAUAAAUACUUGUACACGAGUUCUUUACCAGUGUGUCCUGCUGAUUUCUUGGAAAAGGGGACCAAAGGGCCGACUGUUAGCUUCAAAACUAGUAGCAGCUUAGCAGGCAAUGAACAGAGUUCUGAUGGGCUUGUAGCCGUUGUGGCUCAUAAGUUCUUUUCUUUGGUUGUUUUGUUCGGUUAGACGCAAGACUGAAAAAAAAAAUAUUAGGGAAAGAGUUUAAGACGUAUAUCUAUAUAACUUUUUUUAACA